GCCGGUCUGGGCUCGUACUCGGCCCAGGAGGAAGGAGCCGUCGGUAGAGCUGUUGCACCGCUCUUCCUGAGCGCACGGGGGACUGGCGAGGGGGAGGAGGACCGUCACCGCUCGGUCACACGACGGGAGAAGCUCAACUUUUAAUACUCGAUCCUUCGUUUCUGAGUGUGUGCGUCCUGCUCCGAGUCGGAACCGAUCCUGCACCCGAGACAGGAGAGCGAGCUCGGACAGACGGUGAAGGCUCCGGGCGGGAGAUGAGGUGAUCUCCGGGCUCUGCAGCCACAGACGAGUGUCUUGGGAUCUGUGAGCAGCUGAGCGGGAUAGGACCCCCACUGGGCCGCUGACCAGCAGAGGAGCCCACAGGACCCGGCUCAUCCCGCCCUGCGCCCCAGCCCGGCACCAUGUCGGAGCCCAAGGCGGUGAGCCCUGCCCCUGGGGACACGUACAAGGGCUGGCUCUUCAAGUGGACCAACUACAUCAAGGGCUACCAGAGGCGCUGGUUUGUGCUGAGCAACGGCCUGCUGUCCUACUACAGGACCCAGGCAGAGAUGGGACACACCUGUAGAGGCACUAUAAACCUGGCGACGGCCAACAUCUCUGUGGAGGACUCGUGUAACUUCGUCAUCUCGAACGGCGGGGCGCAGACCUACCACCUGAAGGCCAGCUCGGAGGUGGAGAGACAGCGCUGGAUCACUGCCUUGGAGCUGGCCAAGGCCAAGGCUGUGCGCAUGCAGGCAGAGUCAGGUACUGCGUGCCGUGACUUCCUGUCCCUGGCGCAGACCCACAGUAAGCGCUGGCAGAAGGCCCUGCAGUACGAGCGGGACCAGCGGGUCAGGCUGGAGGAGACGCUGGAGCAGUUGGCCAAACAGCACAACAACCUGGAGAGAGCCUUCAGAGGCGCCACUGUCCUGCCGGCCGGCUCCGCUGGCCCAGCUGGGAGCAGCAAGGAAGGCAUCGUCCCAGGAAAAGGAGAUCUGAGCGACGAGGAUGAGGAAAACGAGUUCUUCGAUGCCAUGGAGGACGCCCCUGAGUUCAUCACCGUCCCAGCGGACCCAAAAUACCACAAGAGGUCUGGCAGUAACGUCAGUGGGAUCAGCAGUGAGAUUGGGUUGGAUGAUCAUCUUGAUGAGGCACAGUCCACAUCCAAUCACGAGAUAGCAUCAUCGAAGGAGGUGGUGCCUAAGAAGAAGAGGCGGAGUCGCAUCCCAGACAAGCCAAACUACAGCUUGAACCUCUGGAGCAUAAUGAAGAACUGCAUAGGAAAGGAACUGUCCAAGAUCCCCAUGCCUGUGAACUUCAACGAGCCCCUGUCGAUGCUGCAGCGGCUGACGGAGGACCUGGAGUACUCCGAGCUGCUGGACCGGGCGGCCAAGUGCGAGAGCUCCCUGGAGCAGCUCUGCUAUGUGGCCGCUUUCACUGUCUCCUCCUACUCCACCACAGUGCACCGCAUCGGCAAGCCCUUCAACCCCCUGCUGGGGGAGACCUUCGAGCUGGACCGGCUGGACGAGAGCGGCUACAGGUCUCUGUGUGAGCAGGUCAGCCAUCACCCCCCUGCUGCGGCGCACCACGUGGAGUCUGUGAGGGGCUGGACUCUCCAGCAGGAAAUCGCUCUGGCCAGCAAGUUCCGGGGCAAAUACCUCUCCAUCAUGCCACUGGGGACAACCCACUGCAUUUUUGCUAAAAGCCUGAAUCACUACACAUGGAAGAAAGUGACGACCACCGUCCACAACAUCAUAGUGGGCAAGCUGUGGAUAGACCAGUCUGGAGAAAUUGAUGUCAUCAACCACAAGACUGGAGAUCGCUGUCACCUCAAGUUUGCUCCCUACAGUUACUUCUCCCGUGACGUGGCGCGCAAGGUGACGGGGGUGGUGACAGACUCUAGUGGGAAGGCUCAUUUCAUCCUGUCGGGCACGUGGGAUGAGAAGAUGGAGUUCUCCCGGGUGAUGCAGAGCAGCCGGGGGGAGAAUGGCACAGAGGGCAAGCACAAGACUGUUUACCAGACCCUGAGAGCCAGGGAGCUGUGGAGGAGACACCCCCUGCCGGAGGGGGCAGAGAACAUGUACUACUUCUCGGAGCUGGCCCUGACCCUGAACGAGCUGGAGGAAGGUGUGGCCCCAACGGACAGCCGCCUGCGGCCGGACCAGCGGCUCAUGGAGCACGGGCGCUGGGACGAGGCUAACGCGGAGAAGCAGAGACUGGAGGAGAAACAGAGGAGCGUCCGGAGGAAGAGGGAGAGCGAGGCAGUGAAGACCACGGAGGAGGCCAACCCAGCUGAGGGCCCCAUUGGAGCACCAGUGAAAAGCACCCACGUGGACAACUACAAGGCCCAGUGGUUUGAGCGCUGCGAGGACCCCGUGACCCGUGACGCCACCCACAUUUAUAAGGGGGGUUACUGGGAGGCCAAGGCGCUACAGAACUGGGAAACCUGUCCUGACAUCUUUUGAAGACACCCCAAAAUACCCCCUUUAUCUGCCCCCAACCACCUCUCUUAACUGCCCCAGGGAGAGAGAGGACUGUUGGCUGUCUCGACAUAUUCUGAAGGAACACCCACCUCAAAUACCCCACCUUACACUACCCCCCACCCACAUGCACAGCUCUAACUCAAUAAUGUCUGGGUAAAUAAGCACCUUAAAUAAAUGCCCCUUUUUAAUACCCCGGCAUCCCUUGACUGCCCCAGACAUCUGAAUACACGUUCCUUUUCCUCUGUAUUAAAACAGACUUUCCUGUGUAACUACUGCACAUUCACCUCUAACAAUCCCUUUACUUACACCGGUGCAGCUCAACCUACACCUAGUGUCUUCUAACUACCCCAAAUCCUCUCGUCAGCUGCCCCUCCCCCAGCACACACACCCCUCUCUCCCUUCCUGGUGUAGCACAGGGGCAGAGCAGAGAUGGGGGCUUAGCUAAUUAGGACAGGGGUUCAAUCCUGACUGUGUUUCACUAAUGGCUGUCUGAGGGUAGGGGGUGUAGUUUUGUGUGGUUGUGUUUAGGGAGGGGGGGGGUGUUUGUGUGUGAGUGUGUCAAAUUUACUCAAACCUGACUGUAUCUAUAACUUCUGGGGAAAAUAAUUAACAAAUAAAACAUAAUGAAUCGAGAACAGUUUAGUGUGUGGCGGGAUGGGUAUGGAGUCCAGCCAGGCUUUCUCUGUGGUGUGUUAGAGCAGAGAACAGCACAGUACACAAUACAGACUGAUAUUGGAGAGGGGCUAUGUACAUGCAGACUCUGUAUGUAAUGGACACACUGUAUACACACACCUGGAGUAAAGACUCUUAUUGGACACACCUCAGUGCUGCUUGAAGAUUUGUGAACCCCCAUUCUAGUUCUUGAAAUUUUACAUUUUUUACUGUGGAAUCCUCAUUUAAUCAAAAGUAGUCAUUUCUUUCUAAAAGAAAGGAUUUAUAUUCACAAAUUCUAUGUAUUUUUAGAGGAUUUGAUGCAUACCACAGAAAGAAAUAGGUAAAAACUAGUGCAUGUACAAUAAUAAGUCACCCACAAGGUUCAUUAGCUCUGUCAAUGAGGCAAGUAUGAGCAGGUGCUACAAUAAUUGGGUACAAAGUUAAACAGUCAAAGAGCCGUUAAAAAGAAACUCAUCCUUUUGGCCACAACAUAAAACUUGCCACAUUUGUCAAAAAACUAACACUGCCUACUACCAAAACCACCUUAUCCCCUCUGUCAAGUCUGCUGGAGGGAGUGUUGUGGUUUGAGCCAGAUCUUCUGCCCACGGACCGGGAGGACUCGCCACCAUUGAAGGAACUAUGAAUUCCGAGUCAUGCCAAAAUAUUCAGGGAAGACCUGACGUUUGGGAGUUCAAGUUGAGCCGAAAAGGGGUCUUCCACCAUGUCAACGACCCUAACCAUUCCGCAAACAACCCCCAAAAAAUGGAUUAAGAGGAAGAUCUUUUGUGCUUUGGGAUGGCAGAGUCCAGAACUCGACUCGAUUGAAAUGUUGUGCCAGGACCUGAUGCGGACUGUUGGUGAGGAAGAAAAGUUCGGCAAAGCGGAUAUGAGAGACUGAUAAGUAACGCUAGAAAAUGUUUGGUUGUUGUCAUUGCUUGUUAAAGGAUGUGUCACUGUUUAUUGACUUAAAACAUCUUUUAGUCUUUUAAGACAUAAAAGAUGAAGGGUUCACAUACAGUAUUUCCAAGCAGCACUAUA